AUGUCUGCGGAAUUGUUGAAUUUUGCAACAAACAACUUCAUUAGUCUUCACUUUUGUUUUUCUUCACCAACUCCGCAGUUUUCCGCAGAAGAUCGCCGAAGAUCGCCGCCGUUGGUGGCGGCGGGCGCGCCCUUGCGGUUCUCUCGAGUCCGUGCACGAGUUCCUCGAGCCCUCAGCAGCAGCAGCAGCAGCAGCAGCAGCAGCAGCAGCAGCAGCGGGUGCUGCAGCUGCAGCAGACAGCGGCUCGCCCCGCUGCAGCGGCCACUUCAUAGAAGAGCCCCCGGACUCUCCAGUGACCUUCCGAAAUGCCUUCUACGCACCCCGAGCCUCAAGCAGCAGCCAGCAGCAGCAGCAGCAGCAGCAGCAGCAGCAGCAGCAGCAGCAGCAGCAGCAGCAGCAGCGCAGCAGCAGCAGCAGCAGCAGCAGCAGCAGCAGCAGCAGCAGCAGCAGCAGCAGCAGCAGCAGCAGCAGCAGCAGCAGCAGCUGCUGCUGCUGCGGGCCAAUGCACACAAAAUCGACCGGCUGGACCGCGUCGAAGAAAUUUUGCAAAAGUUAAUUUUGGAGGCGAAGAUUUUGCGAGAGGAAAAUGAGAAGCUGCGCAGCGCGAAGGCGCAGCAGCCAGCAGCAGCAGCAGCAGCAGCAGCAGCAGCAGCCAGCAGCAGCAGCAGCAGCAGCAGCAGCAGGAAGGAGGUGGGGAGACUGCGGCAGAAGCUGAAGGAACAGGAAAAGGAGCUGCAGCUGCUCAGAGAAGUCCACCCAUUCAGCAGCUGCUCAGUUGACGAGGCCCACAGUAACUUCACUUUUGAAAGUCCGUCGGACUUUGAAAAGUUUUUGAGAAUUCAAAAAGAAGAAAUUAAAUCCGAAAAAGCCGAAAAAGAAAACGCGCAAACUCUCCUGCGGCUGCUGCAGGCCAAACAGGCCUCCAAAGACACAGAGCUGCAGCAGCUGCGGGAGGAGUGCGGGCGGCUGAAGGAGGAGCUGCAGCAGCAGCAGCAGCAGUGCGCUGCCUGCGCAGCAGCAGCAGCAAAGUUCGGCGCAGCAGCAGCAGCAGCAGCAGCAAAAGGGGACAGCAGCAGCAGACUCCAACAAGCCGAACUUAUCAAAGAAAAACUCCAAACAGAAAUCACCACAGAAAGAAAACUCAACGCCGCCUUGAGGGCCGACAAGACCGAGGCCCAACUGGAGCUGAGUCGGCUGCGGUGCGCGCGGCUGCUGGCGGAGGCGCAGCAGCAAAAGGGCAAAGAAGUGCUGCAGCAAAAGGAAAAGGAGCUGCUGCUGCUGCUGCAGCAGCAGCAGCAAAUGGCCACGGAGCGGGCCCAGCUUGUGGGGAAAGUGCAGCAGCAAAGAGAUCUGCUGCAGCGCUGCAGAAGUUAUAUUUUGUUUUUGGAAAAGAUUAUUAAAGACCUCAAGCGCCACAUAGUCGCCCAAGCUGUCCAUACACCCCAGCUCCCUGCAGCAGCAGCAGCAGCAGCAGCAGCAGCAGCAGCAGCAGCAGCGAAGGAGACGCGGCUCCCGCCCGCCCGCAGGCAGCACGCGAAGAAAACGCAGCAGCAGCGCAGCAGCAGCAAAACGGACAAAGCCAAGAGGGGCCCUCGAUGGGGUGCAGACGCAGCAGCAGCAGCAGCAGCAGCAGCAGCAGAUGCUCCUGCUGCUGCUGCUGCUGCUGCUGCUGCUGCUGACUGCAAGCCCCUGGCAGCUGUUGGCUACCGACUCACCCCUCUGCCCUUCAGCCCGUACGAAAGCAGAUGCAGCAGCAGCAGGCACAGCAGCAGCAGCAGCAGCAGCAGCAGCAGCAGCAGCAGCAGCAGCAGCAGCAGCAGCAGCAAGGGCUGCUGGGAGGAGGAGGACAAAGGGUCUAUAGAGCACCUGAAGCAGCUGAUGCAGAAGGCAGCAGCAGAAAUUCGGGCAACAACAGCAGCAGCAGAGAGACACAAAAAGCUGAAGCAAAAAGCAGCAGCAGCAGCAGCAGCAGCAGCAGCAAAAAGAGACAACAAAGCCAACUCUCCAAACCCUAGGGGGCCCCCCUUGCUGCUGCUGGACACUUCGCUGCCAGGGGCCCCCAGGGGCCCCCCGAGGGGCCCCCAGGGGGCCCCCUCGGGGGACCAGCCCCUUGGCCGCGCUGACAGCAGCAGCAGCAGCAGCAGCAGCAGCAGCAGGGGCGGCGGGCUGGGGCCUGAGGGUUUAGGGUUUGAGGGUUUGACGUUUGGAGUGGAAAGGGCUUUUGAAUCUUUGCUGGAAGAAGAAGAAGAAAUGCGAAGAGAAGAGAGGGGCAGCAGCAGCUGCUUCAGCAGCAGCAGCAGCAGCAGAGCAGCAGCAGCAGCAGCAGCAACAGCAGCAGACAAACUCGCUAGAGAUAUAUCCAUUCGUCAGCUGCUGCUGCAGCAACUGCAGCAGCAGCAACUGCUGCAGCAGCAACUGCAGCUGCUGCAGCAGCAACUGCUGCAGCAGCAACUGCAGCUGCUGCAACUGCAGCUGCUGCAGCAGCAACUGCUGCAGCAGCAAGUGCAGCAGCAGCAAGUGCAGCAGCAGCAACUGCAGCUGCUGCAGCAGCAACUGCAGCAGCAGCAACUGCAGCUGCUGCAGCAGCAAGUGCAGCAGCAGCAACUGCAGCUGCUGCAGCAGCAACUGCAGCAGCAGCAACUGCAGCUGCUGCAGCAGCAACUGCAGCAGCAGCAACUGCAGCUGCUGCAGCAGCAACUGCUGCAGCAGCAACUGCAGCAGCAGCAACUGCAGCAGCAGCAGCAACUGCUGCUGCAGCAACUGCUGCAGCAGCAGCAAAAGGGCUUUGAACAGCAGCAGCAGCAGCAGCAGCAGCAGCAGCAGCAGCGAAAAGAAGCCUUUCAGAAGAGGGGAUUGAAGCAGCAGCAGCACCUAAGCAGCAGCAAAAAAGCAAGGGCAGAAGCUGCAGCUGCAAAGCAGCAGCAGCAAGUGCUGCAGCAGCAGCAAAACCGCAGCAGCAGCAAACCAGCAGCAAAUAAUGCAGCAGCAGCCAGCACAGUAGGAGCUGCAGCAGCAGCAAACACAGUAGCAGCUCCAGCAGCAGCAGCAGGCACAGAAGCAGCUAUAGCAGCAGCAGCGGCAAGCACAGUAGCAGCUAUAGCAGCAGCAGCAGCAGCAGCAACAGCAGCAGCAGCAACAGCAGCAGCAGCAGCAGCAGCAGCAGCAGCAAGAGCGCGGGCCCUGCCUGAUGCAGUAGAGGAGGGCGAGUCUGAGUUUGUCCAAGCCAGGCUUUGCUCCAACUCCGACAGCACCAGCAAAUUCCUCUCCCGCACAAUUCGAGACAACUCGCUUAUCACCCCCACGUGCUUAAACACAGAACCUGCAGCAGCAGCAGCAGCAGCAGCAGCAGCAGCAGUAGGGGAGCAGCAGCAGCAGCAGUCGCAGGAGGGCAGCAGCAGCAGCAGCAGCAGCAGCAGCAGUAGUAACGCAGCAGCAGCAGCAGCAACAACAACCGUAAAACGGCAAAAGCAGCAGAAGCGGUGGAAGGACCGCAGCAGGAGCGGGAGGAAGACAGCAGCAGCAGCAGCAAGGCAGCAGCAGCAGCAAGACAGCAGCAGCAGCAGCAGCAGCAAGACAGCAGCAGCAAAUCGCAGCAGCAGCAGCAGCAGCAAACCCACUGGAAAGGCGGCGACUCUCGGGGAGUUUCUCGACGAAGUCUUUGAGGGCCUCCAAGCUGGUCAAACUGCUGCUGGCCUUCGUCUGCAGCAAAACAUGAAAGUUGAAUUUUGCAAAAGUUGA